GGAAAACAGAUAAGGUGUGAUGCAGUGAGUGGCGACAGUAAUGUUCAGUUGGCGCCGCUAUCAGUACCUUGGCUGACUCUCUAUGGAUCGUCUCUCUAUCUUCCUAGCUUAUUAUUAAAGUGUGCCAGCCUGGACCAACGUCCCACAGUGCCAGCCUGGACCAACGUCCCAUAGUGCUAGCCUGGACCAACGUUCCAUAGUGCCAGCCUAGACCAACGUCCUACAGUGCUAGCCUAGACCAACGUUUCACAGUGCCAGCCUGGACCAACGUUCCAUAAUGCCAGCCUGGGCCAACGUCCCAUAGUGCCAGCCUGGACUAAUGUUCCACAGUGCCAGCCUGGACCAAUGUUCCAUAGUGCUAUCCUGGACCAACGUCCCAUACUGCUAGUCUGGACCAACGUUCCACAGUGCCAGCCUGGACCAACGUUCCACAGUGCCAGCCUAGACCGACGUUCCACAGUACCACCCAGGGCCAACACUCUCACACCAUUCCCGGGCUGCCCCCCACCCUCACACUUGACACUUAGUGCCAUGGUUAUCGUCUACUAACAAGAGUGUAGAUCACCGUGGAAGUCUGACACAGAGUAGUGUGUGUGUGUGUAACACAGGUGAUGGUGGAUGAUGCUCCCUCAUUCCUUCACCUUCAUCUCAACUAAAUAUGUAGGCGUGGGGACAGGUGGUGUGGGCGUGGGGACAGGUGGUGUGGGCGUGGGGAUAGGUGGUGCAGGCGUGGGGACAGAUGGUAUGGGCGUAGGGACAGGUGUGGGCAUGAGGGCGAGCAAUAUGGAAGGGAGGACAGGUGGUGGGAGAGUGUUGGUAGUACUGGUGGCUGCCUGGUGUUGUCUGACCACCUGUGACACCAAAGGGAUAUUCUUAAUCUCACCAUCAUGUGGAACGAUGAGACAGGUGGAGAGACUGUCAGUACCAGCUGGGGGAGGCUGGCUUUAUACUCCCUCAGUACCAGCAGCUGGAGACCGACUCUUCACUUCUACAUUACAGAUCAUUUCUGAUGAUGCAGUCUGCCACGUACCUGCACAUGCCACGCUCAAAGUUUCCAUCAGUGAAAACAAGAGUUUGUUCAAUGUUGAGGAGGCGUCUAGCGGUGAGACAGUGUGCAUCUUGAACACCAACGAUGAACUUCAGCUGAACACAGGCAAAGCAAAGUUCUCUUGCAGCAAGUCGAUUGAAGAUGACCUCAGAGCCGAGUUGGAAGAUACUGAAGUGAUGGCGGGUAUCCCCGGUGAGUCUGCACAUAGACAGGCAGAAGCUGGUGUAGUAUCUGUGAGGUCUGAGAGAGAGAAACGUGCUCGUCGUAAGGAAAAAAGAGUCAAGGUCACCUCCCCACCGUCCCUUCCUUCGGCCCCAAGUGGUCAUGUUGUUGCUUCUGUAGCAGCAGAAAAUGUAACACAUGAAGCUACCAUCAGAAAAACAGCGAAAACAACUACAUCAAUAACAACCUAUAAAGCAUCGACAACUAAGAUCAUAACGACAGUAUUUCCACCAACACUGCCGUCGUCAACACCACCAACACUGCCGUCGUCAACACCACCAACACUGCCGUCGUCAACACCACCAACACUGCCGUCGUCAACACCACCAACACUGCCGUCGUCAACACCACCAACACUGCCGUCGUCAACACCACCAACACUGCCGUCGUCAACACCACCAACACUGCCGUCGUCAACACCACCAACACUGCCGUCGUCAACACCACCAACACUGCCGUCGUCAACACCACCAACACUGCCGUCGUCAACACCACCAACACUGCCGCCGCCAACACCAACACUGCCGCCGCCUACACCACCACCAACAACACUGCCACCACCAACAAUGCCGCUGCUACCAUCAUCGCCACCUCCAACAACAAUUCAAUCAGAGUCAACCGCAUCAACAUCUGUUGUCUCAACAUCCACAAUAUCAGCUUCAACUAUGACCUCAACUAUGCCAGUAGCCACUACAACCCCAGCUACAGCCACUAUCACAGCUCUAUUUACUACCACAAUCCCAACUACAUUAACCUCAUCUACAAAUAAUAUUCUGGCUACAACCACAACACCCCUGUCAACCGCUGUCCUGACCACGAGGCCUGACACCUCCCCGAACUUACUCAAAUGGUCUAAAACAUCCCCCGACCUGGCCACUUGGCCUCCAACAUCCCCAGACCUUGCCACUUGGUCUAAAACAUCCCCAGAUCUGGCCACCUGGCCUCCAACAUCUUCAGACUUGGCCACCUGGCCGCCAACAUCUCCAGACUUGGUCACCUGGCCUCCAACAUCUCCAGACUUGACCACAUGGUCUUCAACAUCUCCAGACCUGGCCACGUGGCCUCCAUCUCCAAACCUGGCCACGCGGCCUCCAACAUCUCCAAACCUGCCCACCUGGCCUCCAACAUCUCCAAACGUGGCCACCUGGCCUCCAACAUCCACGAAACUGACACCUCAGCCGUCAAGUUUCCCACAUUACAUCUACAUCAUAACUAGCCUGGGCGUGGUUCUCUCCUUGGUCACUGUGGCCUCCACUUACUACCGCUGCCGACAAGCAAAACCCGCAAACCAGAGGCAGGACGUAAUGGCCCUCGAGGCUUCUUUUAUCAGCAGAAACUCCGUCACCGCAGUACCCAUCGCCACUACUGAGACUAGCUCCAGCAUGCCUUGGAAAGGGGUUCCCCCGCAAAGUUUGGGUUUUGGGAAUGAAGUGAAGGAGGAUUCCUCGGGGGACCAUUUGGUUUUCUUAGGCACCGUCAGUAGAGUUAACCUGAUGGAGGAGGAGCUGGAGUCUCUCCCUCCACCACUACUCACCACCUUUCAGAUCUAAGUUUGUAGAUAAAUGGUUCAGAGAUCCGUCAAGUUGAUAAAUUAGACACAUGUACAACACUUGGGUAUCUUUAUUGUGGGAACGUUUCACCACACAGUGGCUUCAUCAGUCCAAUACAAAGAAUGGUAAAGAUCAGAAGGAGUUUCAGAUAAUCAGUCUCUCAACUUGGAGUCGAUGUAAUCAGUCCGUUAAUCUUAUUUUAUCAAGAUUGAUGGACUGAUUGCAUCGACUCCAGGCUGAGGGACUGCUUACCUCAAACUCUCGAUCUUCAUCAUUCUUCUUUGUAUUGGACUGAUGAAGCCGCUGUGUGGCGAAACAUUUCCUCAAUUAAAAUAACCAAGUGUUGGACAUGGGUCUAAUUUAUCAAAUCUAAGUUUCUUUACUGAGUAAGAGAUGGUACCUGGAGUAUACCUGGAGAGGAUUUCGUGGGUCAACGCCCCCCGCGGCCCGGACUGUGACCAGGCCUCGUGGUGAAUUAGAGCCUGAUCAACCAGGCUGUUACUGCUGGCCACACGCAGACCGACGUACGAACCACAGCCCGGCUGGUCAGGUACUGACUUUAGCUGCCCGUCCAGCACCUUCUUGAAGACAGCCAGGGGUCUAUUGGUAGUCCCCCUUAUGUAUGCUGGGAGGCAGUUGAGCAGUCUUGUACCCCUGACACUUACUGUGUUGUCUCUUAGCGUAUCUGUGGCGCCCCUGCUUUCCACUGGGAGAUGUUACACCGCCUGCCUCGUCUUACUUUCGUAAGGAGCGAUGUUCGUGUGCAAAUUUGGUGCUAGCAAUACCAAUCUGUGCAAAAUAAGACAAUCACAGUAUUGGGAUAUUUUAAUAAGGAGCAAGGUUUCCUUAUUAAAAUACCAUAACACUGUGCAUGUCUUAUUUCACAAGGUUAGCUCCAGUCCCCUGGAUAAAGAGCCCAUCAUCAACCUCUCGGAGGAACUUUAUUAUGAAAUACUAGAUCAAUGCUCGAGGUUAUUAUAGUUUCCUAACAUUAAUAAAGCCAAGUUACUUUACUAGUAAAGUAUCUGGUGGGAAUAACUUAUUACUGUAACAAUAACUUAUUACUGUAACAAUAACUUAUUACUGUAACAAUAACUUAUUACUGUAACAAUAACUUAUUACUGCAACAAUAACUUAUUACUGUAACAAUAACUUAUUACUGUAACAAUAACUUAUUACUGCAACAAUAACUUAUUACUGUAACAAUAACUUAUUACUGUAACAAUAACUUAUUACUGUAACAAUAACUUAUUACUGUAACAAUAACUUAUUACUGCAACAAUAACUUAUUACUGUAACAAUAACUUAUUACUGUAACAAUAACUUAUUACUGUAACAAUAACUUAUUACUGCAACAAUAACUUAUUACUGUAACAAUAACUUAUUACUGCAACAAUAACUUAUUACUGUAACAAUAACUUAUUACUGCAACAAUAACUUAUUACUGUAACAAUAACUUAUUACUGUAACAAUAACUUAUUACUGUAACAAUAACUUAUUACUGCAACAAUAAACAUACUGAAUAUCUGCAUAAGUUAUAUAAAGCAGAUAUAAAAAUAUAUAUUACUAAAGUGUUAUUUACACCUUUUCUACUCAAAUUAACUUUUCUAGAUAGAUAAUAAUAACAGAGUAUUCUAGAAAAUUAAUAUAUUUUUAAUUUGGGGGUUCGAACUGGAAGCUAAAUUACGAACAUGAACAAAUGAAACAAUGUGAGUUUAACUAAAUGUUAUCAGUGGUGUUUGU